GCUGAUAUUGAUGAAUAGCCUAUCCAUAUCUUUAUUAUCUAUGAUGGCCGUACACUCUUGCGGAUGUCCUCCUACCCACCCCCAGCCGACAGUGUCCAGUCCUGUGUAGUACAACUGGUUCAUGAUACAUAUCGAUACGCAUCGGUGAGACUGUGUGUUGCCAUCAAUCGUUAUCAGACGGUUGUUAGUUUUAAACUGAUAACGAUUAACGGUCUCCGAAAAUCCUAACCACGAUUAUAAAGAGUAACAAUCAAUUAAUGCAUUGUACGAGUUCUUUACUUCUUCACAAUCGUGCUCCGAACAAAUAUCAAAAUGGUAUUACUCUUUUAGUUUUUUGACGAGGUAGUUGGUACUAUUCAUCGUAAUCAUACAGAAAUAGGCGUUUUGAACUUCUUGGUCGUUCAUUUCAUUAGUAAGAGAAUUGGAUCCAGCCUUAAAUAUGUCUACAGUAAGAUGCAAAUUUUAUUUGCAAGGAAACUGCUUUUACGGCGAUUCUUGUCGGUUCUCGCAUGAUCAACCACAUCGCUCAAACACACAAUAUGACUAUGAAAAUCAAUCAAGGAGUAGUAGAAAUACAAGAGAAAGUUAUUAUGAUACUGAUAGAGAUUAUAAUGAUUAUUAUGAGUACGGAGAGGAAAACUAUGAAUCUAAAAGUAAAAACUCCAACUACAGUUAUAAAAAUGAUUAUAAAAGCAGGAAUAAUCAUCACAAUCAAAGAAAUGAUUAUAAAGAAGAUUACGAUUCAAGUAGUCAUUAUGGCAAUCAAGCUCAAAGGCAACGCAAUGUAAAGAAUUAUUAUAAAGAAGACAACAGUCAGGGUAGAAAGAAUGAUUAUGAAUAUGAUACAAACAAAGUACACACCAGCUCAAAUAGGUACAAGAAUUCGGAUGGUCAAAAACAUAGUUAUAGACCCCACGACCCUAAUCUAAAUAAUAGAUUUGAUGAUAAACAAAAUAUUUUGAAACAUUAUGAAAAUGAAAUUAAAACAUACCAAAGCCACAUACAACAACUAUUAAUGUCUAAUAUUUGGCCAUUCACAUGUUUCCACCCUAUUGGACAUCAAUAUCCUAUUCAACCAGUUGGUAGUUUAAACUUGAUUGAUGUAUCAUUUGAAGAAAUUAGAUGUGAUUAUUACCUAACUAAGCAUAUUACUGCCGAUCCUGGUUUGAUACAUAAACGGACUGUUGAUGACCUAUUGUUAAAAGCACAAAGGCAGAAAGAAGAUAUUUUAAGAUUUGAGGACCAAGUACAAGAUGAUAUAAUAUCAACAUUUAAAAAAUGUGAAAAAUCAAAAGUUUCUCAUUUUGAUAACUCUAUACAGAUAGACCCAAAUAGUUACUGGGAUAUGUCUAUCAGGUCUUUGAAAACGCCUGAGAAUAAAAAAAGCGAACUGGAGUCAUUUAGUUUUGUUUCCACAAAGAACAAUAAUAAUAACACUAAGAAUGAGCCACAAUUGAAGAUACUCAUGCAAACUGAAGUAUAUGGUAAAAUAGACAAUGAUGCAUUUGCUCAAGAUCAUUUUACUGAGUUCAUACCAAUUAUGCCUCCGCCUAGGAAGUACUGUGUAUAAUAAUUUUUUAAAAAUAAAUAAUAAAUAAUUAAGAUAAGUAUAUUUUUAAAUUUGUAAAAUUAGUUAAUAAAAUACAAAUAAUUGCUUUA